AUGAGCAUCUGUUCUAAUGCAGCCAAUGGUCAUGCAGGGAUGCUCUUUCACCCUCCCGAGAUGUCAUGAGUGGCAUACUACAGGCCAACCACACCAUUGGGAGAGCAUCCGCUUGGCCUGCAGAAGGCCCCAGGUUCAAUCCCUGGCAUCUCCAGCCCCAGAUGGCUCCGUGCCGGCCUGCGUGAGCCAGCAGCCUCCAAACGGCGCCGUUGGGCCUCAGAUGCCUCUGGAGAUGAAUCUGUGCUGGAAUGAGAUUAAGAAGAAGUCGCACAGCCUUCGGGCACGUCUGGAGGCCUUCUCGGACCACAGUGGCAAGCUGCAGAUCCCCUUGCAGGAGAUCAUCGACUGGCUCAGCCAAAAGGAUGAGGAGCUCUCAGCUCAGCUUCCGCUCCGGGGGGACGUUGCCCUGGUGCAGCAGGAAAAGGAGAGACACGCGGCAUUCAUGGAGGAAGUGAAGUCUCGUGGCCCAUACAUUUACUCUGUCCUGGAAUCGGCUCAGGCCUUCCUCACUCAGCACCCGUUUGAAGAAGUGGAGGAAUCCAAUCCCAACAAUAAAGAUGCCUCCCCAAGACACCGCAUCCAGAACGUCAGCCGUUUCGUGUGGAAACAGGCCACCGUCGCCAGCGAGCUGUGGGAGAAGCUCACCGCCCGCUGUGUCGACCAGCACCGCCACAUCGAGCGGACCCUGGAGCAGCUGCUGGAGAUCAAGGGCACCAUGGAGGAGCUCAGCAUCACCCUGGACCAAGCGGAGAGCGUGCGAGAGACAUGGGAACCCAUUGGCGACCUCUUCAUUGACUCGUUGCCGGAACACAUCCAGGCCACCAAGUUGUUUAAAGAGGAGCUCUCCCCUAUGAAAGAUGGAGUGAAGCUUGUGAAUGACCUGGCACAUCAGCUUGCGAUCUCAGAUGUUCACUUGUCCAUGGAGAAUUCUCGGGCCCUGGAACAGAUCAACACACGCUGGAAACAGCUGCAGCCUCAGUCCAGGUCCCCUGGGAAAGAGCAAUUUCUCCCAAUAAAGUCCCAUACUACAUCAACGGAUCUGAACAACAUCAAGUUCUCUGCUUAUCGUACAGCCAUGAAGUUGCGUCGUGUGCAGAAAGCUCUGAGACUGGACAUGGUGACCCUGCCGACUGCCCUAGAGGUCUUCAAUGAACACGAGCUGCAGUCUGGCGACCAUGUGAUGGAUGUAGUCGAGGUGAUCCACUGCCUGACUGCCCUCUACGAGCGGCUGGAGGAGGAGCGGGGCAUCCUAGUGAACGUCCCCCUCUGUGUGGACAUGACCCUCAACUGGCUGCUCAAUGUCUUUGACAGCGGACGCAGCGGGAAGAUGCGGGCGCUCUCCUUCAAGACAGGCGUAGCGUGUCUGUGUGGCACGGAAGUGAAGGAAAAAUUCCAGUACCUUUUCAGCCAAAUGGCGAAUGCCAACGGAUUGUGUGAUCAGCGGCAUCUUGGUCUCUUGCUCCACGAAGCCAUCCAGGUUCCACGGCAGCUGGGGGAGGUGGCUGCCUUUGGAGGGAGCAACGUGGAGCCCAGCGUCCGCAGCUGUUUCCGCUUUAGUAAUGGAAAACCAGCCAUCGAGGUUGCCCAGUUCCUGGAGUGGGCUAACCUUGAGCCACAGUCAAUGGUGUGGCUGGCCGUUCUACACCGUGUGACCAUCGCCGAGCAAGUGAAACAUCAGACCAAGUGCUCCGUUUGCCGGCAAUGCCCAAUCAAAGGCUUCAGAUACCGAAGCCUAAAACAAUUCAACGUGGACAUCUGUCAGACCUGUUUCUUGACGGGACGAGCCAGUAAAGGCAACAAGCUGCAUUAUCCCAUUAUGGAGUACUACACCCCGACCACAUCUAGUGAGAACAUGAGAGACUUUGCCACCACUCUGAAAAACAAGUUCCGGACAAAGCAGUAUUUCAGCAAACACCCCCAGAGAGGCUAUCUGCCAGUCCAAUCAGUGCUGGAAGCAGACUUUAUUGAAACACCUGCUUCCUCUCCAAUGCUGCCCCAUGCCGACACCCACUCUCGGAUUGAGCACUUUGCUAGCAGGCUUGCUGAAAUGGAAAGCCAGAAUUCCUCUUUUUACAAUGACAGCCUUUCUCCAGACGACAGCUUGGAUGAAGAUCAGUACCUUCUACGCCAUUCCAGCCCCAUCACGGACAGAGAGCCCGUCUCCAGCCAGCAGGCCCAAGACAGCUCCAGCACAGACGAUAAAGGCGAACUGGAGAGAAUCCUGGCCCAUCUGGAAGAUGAAAACAGGGUUCUCCAGGGAGAGCUGAAGCGUCUGAAAUGGCAGCACGAGGAGGCGGCGGAGUCAGCAGAAGGAGCGCCGGAAUCGGCACAGGAUCCUCACAACGAAGAGCUGCUGGCAGAGGCCCGGAUCCUUCGACAGCACAAGAGCCGCCUGGAGACCCGCAUGCAGAUCUUGGAAGACCACAACAAGCAGCUGGAGUCUCAGCUGCACCGGCUGAGGGAGCUGCUUCUGCAGCCACCAGCAGAUACCAAAGGAGAUGGUUCUACUGCUUCAUCCUUGGCGUCUUCUCCCCACCCAUCGGAGGAGACUCAGGCCACGGAAAAAGACGCCAGCACGCCAAACACAGAAACAGCAGACGAGGCGGAGGUGAGUACUCAGGACGUCAGCCUGUGUCUGGAGGAUAUCAUGGAGAAGCUACGGAAUGCUUUCCCCAGCUCUGGAGGGCAAAGACCACACCCUCUGGCCUUCCUGAAGAAGUCUUUCAAGUUCUCCUAGAUGCUUUUAAAGCUCUGAAAAUGGGCAGCAAGCUGGUCCUACCUCACUAAUCUAACACCUUCUACAAGCAACAAGAGGCUUUGUUUAACUGGUUCAUUGACAACCACUCUUCUCCUCUGACCUCCGUUCUUUCCCCUGUGGUAGGCUUCACUCGGAUCCUUACGGGGGCACUUUCUGUAGAACGUCACUGGAAUCCUCACAGGCUACAGCUCUCGGGAGAGUACUCCUUGGUUACUCCAGAGGGCUUGUUUGAA